AUGUCUCUCCUCUCCCUUCUCACCUGGGCUUCCCUCGCAAGCGCAGCCUGGAUCGUUCCAGGCGCUCGCUGGCAUGAUACCGAGGGCAAUCUUUUCAACGCCCAUGCCGGUGGUCUCUGCGUCGAUCGCUCAAGCGGCAAGUUUUACUGGUUCGGCGAGUACAAGACUGAAGAGCGAGAAGAAGGUGGCGGUAUAUCUGUGUACAGCUCCGAUGACCUAGCGACGUGGGAGUCUCAUGGCCUAGCGCUCACUCCCGAGAAAGGGCAUGAGCAUAUUUCACCGGAAAGCAUUAUUCAGAGGCCAAAGGUUCUCUACAGUGAAGAGACGGGGAAGUACCAUAUGUGGUGGCAUGCCGAUGAUCGAAAGUACAGCCUUCUCCUUCAAGGUCUUGCAACAUCGGAUUCUAUCGCGGGACCAUACGAGUUUAACCAUGCCAUCGCUCCUCUUGGAAACUGGUCCCAGGAUUUCGGCGCCUUUACCGAUUACAAGUCCGGUAAAUCCUACGCACUAUACUCCAACGGUGACCGCGUCGAAGGUCGAGACGUAUACGUCAGCCAGUUCAACCGUAAUCUUACCGACAUUGAAAAGGUUACGCAUCGAUUUAACAAGUAUGACUUUGAGGCACCGACUAUCCUUCAGACGGAAAAGAGCUAUUGGACUUUGAUGAGCCACAAGACUGGUUAUCGACCCAACAAUGUUGUUGCCAUGAGAGCUGAUAAGCUCGAGGGUCCUUGGUCGCAGCCAUUCUUUGUUGCUCCAGCCUACACGAGAACGUUUAGCACCCAGUCUGGUUUCUCAUGGAGAAUCAAUGGUACCAAAAAGACCACAUAUCUAUACAUGGCUGACCAGUGGGAUCUACCAUCGAUCUGGGAAAGCCGCAAUGUGUGGCUUCCAAUUGAGAUUGACGAGGAGAACAAAAGCCUCAAGGUUGUGUGGCACGAUAUUUAUGACCUAAACGUGAAAACUGGUGAAUGGAAGCCUAUCAAGGGCAAGACAUACCCAGCCAGCAAGGCUAAACUCUCUGGAGAUGCAUUCCUUCAAGAAGCAACCUUUGGAACAGACCACGUUAUUGCAACGGGCAUCUACGGCAAUGAUAGCACAGCCACGUUUACUGUUCAAGGAAAAGGCGAAGAACAAUGGGUGUCGUUCUACCACCAAAACAUUGACGACAUGGGUUUCGGUGACCAACCGAUGGGUCAGCCCGACCGCAUCAAUGGCACGUGGGCAGUCCGUCGCAUCAGCAGCGUCGUUGUAAACGGUGACAAAGACAAGGUGCACACUCUCUACCAAAAGGAUACACACAAGGGUAUUAUUCUCUCCACGCCUCUUCUCCUGCCUCUCAAGAAAGGUGACAAUACUAUUACCGUGGGAGGUCUUGAUAAUGGCAAGGGUGUCAAGGGAGCGGAUUUAGACAGAAUUGUUGUUUAUCCUCCUGAGAAGAAGAAGGGGAAAAGAAGUUUCUUUGGAGUAUUUUAG